AUGUCAACGAAACUUUUGGUAGAGAACGAAGACGAUAAUAACAAAUCACAGGUUCAUAAUUUCCAAAUCAGACCUACACACAAUCAAAAAUUCAAUACAAAUAUUGCAAAAGAAGCUAUUCAAGAAACACUUCUCAAACACCUAAAGGAUAAAGAAUAUAGUCAAAUUCAAGCUGAAGUACUUUGCAAAACUAUCGCAAGUGAAAUCAAGGAUAGACUUAAAGAUCAGUGUGUGGACAGUCGUUACAAAUUAAUGGUACAAGUUGUUUUGGGCGAACGACACGGUGCAGGUACAAAAGUUGGAGCGCGCUGUAUUUGGGAUGCUGACACUGACACUCAAGCCUCUGAUCAGUUUUUAAAUGAAACUAUAUUUUGUAUGGCAGUAGUGUUUGCUGUGUAUUUUUAUUAA